AUUGAAAUGGUGGCACCAGCAUCAACACUCUGCAUUCACGAGCAAGCUGAACAACGAAGGUUGGCUAGGGACUGCUUGCAAGGAGCGCAAGAGCCUGAAAAGCUUGACAGACUCCAAAAGAUGUCCUCCUUGGCGCCCUUGCAAGCUAUCCCUGCUCAACUGUUCCAGCCAACAGACUUUCACAUGUGCAACGCUGUCAACUGAUCCAGCAUUGGUCUUGCUUCCAUAUUCUGAGCUCAAGUUUCAGCAGAAUUCUUACUAGCCACCGUUGAGCAGCCUGACUAGUGGUGGAUACUUUAAAAAGCCACCACUUGCAUAUCCCCAGUGAUCCGUGCGCAUCCCCUGGCGGCAAAGCUUCGUUUGUUCACUGUAUUCAGGAGCAAACUUUCCUGAUUGUUCAGCUGCUGCAAAGCGUUGAUGGAGACCAGCGCAAUGAUGGAUGGUGAAGGGGAUCCCCCAGAGAGUGACCUGGAUGAGGAGGGCCGCUACUUUGACUUCAGUGCAUUUUACAGGAAAGUUGAAUAUUCUGAUCGAACCAUCCGACUGGAGGUUCUGGAGGAAAUCGGACCAGAACCUGAAGCCUCAGGGACGAGUUCAGAGCCGCCAAGCAAAGACGCGCCGUCCUCAGAUACGGCAGCAACUAGUGCGAAGUCAUCUCGGGAGGUGGAGGAGAUUCCAAUCAGUUCGAUUGUGGUCGCCGCCAAGAGCCAGGUGCUUCGUACGAUGCUGUCCAGCGGAAUGAGGGAAUCGGAAAAGGGUGCGCCGCUGAUCAUCAAAGUGUCCCGGGAAGAGAAAGAAGCGUUUGAAGAGAUGUUCCACUUCAUCUACGCCGGCAGCCUCUCCCCACGCUUCCACGACCCAUCCGCCGACAUGCGCGAUCACGUGGCUCUGCUCGUGUUGGCCGACAAGUUCGAAGUCCCUUCCUUCAUGGGACAGCGUCGCGCUCGUGCGCGCGCUGUCGAGCGGCGUCCGAAGGCGAAACGGCUCGCGGACGAGGCGCGCGCCCACGUCGUCCGGGCGUUCCGUGACGUCAGCGCCACGUGGGCGUCGCCCGAGUUUUUCGGCCUGGGACAAGGGGCGGUCGAGAUUUCGAUGCAGUCGGAGGAGCUCGAAGCGGACAGCGAAGAGGAUGUUUUUGUGCAACUGCUGGGGUGGAUCAGGGAGCGGUAUAGCGGGAUGGAAGAGCGGAAAGCCGUGAUGACGCGGUUGCUGCCGUCCGUGAGAUUCAACUGCAUGAGAGGGGAGUUUCUAGAGGAGCUGCUUACGUAUGGAGAGCUGGAUUCGGCGGAGGCGGUUCAGAUGAUCGAACGGGCGUUCCGGUUUAUAGCGUACUCGGACGAAAAGAAACGCGAGGCAUUUCUGAAGGGGUUUGAUGAAGACGGGCAACUCUACAACUUCUCCGGAUUCUACAGGGAUGACGCAUUUUGUGAUCGGGUAAUAAGGCUGAAAAUCGUACACAGGCAGCCAGAUCAUCAAGGUCCUUUGGCUGAUUCAGCUUCAUCGCUCAGCGCAGCCUUCGUGGCUGCACUUCGCAGUGCGGCGCAGCGUUAUUGCGCAGCUGAGAAUCGAGUCACACAAGCCGCUCCAAAAUCUGUACUGGAAGACUUUGGUACAGAAGACGGCGAGUACGAAGACAUUCUGAUCAACUCAUUCGUGGUCGCUGGAAAGAGCCGCGUGCUCAGGGACUUGAUGCUCUCCGAAGAGGCAAAGAGUGCGCCCGUGAUACUUGCCGUCACACCUGGAGAAAAAGCGGCUUUCGCCGAAAUGCUCGAGUGCAUUCACACCGGCCGCCUUCCGCUCCUCCCCGACGAGCCUGACACGGACGCCUGCAAAGUCUUGGACCGUUUGCACGUGGCUGUGAAUUUCGAGGUCUCCUCGUUUCUCGGGCCUGUUCUCUAUCAUGCGGUCUGGAAGUUGCCAAGCGUGUGGACUGGGAACAAAGAGGGACGGCGAGAAGCGGUGAAGCUCUUCAAAAUGCUGCACAGAAAGACUGAGCUCUGGAAGGAUGUCAAGUACUUUGAGGUCAACUUCGGCGCUUUAUAUGGGAAGAUAGACUUCUCCGAUCGCAUCCUUAGACUCCGAAUCCUUGAUACAGUCGAGCAAGAGAAAGCCGCUGUGGUAGAGAUGCUCCGCUUCCUCUACACCGGGAGCCUCCCUUCGCGCUUCUUCGAUGCUUUUGCCACUCCGGGUCGCGAGCUCUUGGCUCUUCUCCUUGCGGCCGACAAGUUCGAGGUGCCCUCCUUGACGGCCGCAGUCAUCUGCGCUUUCCGGAGCCGUAUGCCGAACCUUUUGGACAGCUCUCUGCUUCUCGACGACAUCCCAGAAAGCGUCCAUCAAUGUCCGGAGAUCGCGGAGCUUCUAGACUCUGCUCGCGACAACAUUCUGGAAGCCUUCGGAAACGUUGGAGCCACGUGGGCGUCUAACUGCUUUCUGGGACUAAGCUUGGGGGCGCUAGAAGUACUGUUAACAUCGGACCAACUAGAUGGCAGUCCUGAGGAGAUAAUUCUGCAACAACUGCUGCGUUGGAUCAGAAAGCUGGGGCCGAAUGUGGGAUCCUACAGGGAGCGAUGCAACGCCCUCGAAGCAAGGAGGGUUGCGGUGAUGCGGCUCGCACCGCUGAUACGGUUCGAAAACAUGCGAACGGAGUUCCUGAGAGGCCUGCUUAGGCAGUGGCCCGAGCUACAACCUGCAAGGAAACUGAUUGAAGACGCUACUAGGCACAGGCUGUCACACAAGGAUUUCGAGCGCGGGCUAGUGGCUAGGGGAAAAGCACUAAACUUCGACUAA